CACGUCCAAUCGUUUCAAUUUCUAGCUACCUGUUAUCGACACUGACUGCAGACGAAUUUUUCUUACACUGUGGAGAGAAUAUUAUGCGGACAACGGCAUUGAUAAUGAAACUUAACUGAUAAUUUAUUUUGUUUAGAUGCCCUAACAAUGGCGGCCCACCCAGAGCCCUGCGAGUCUACGGAAAAUUGUAUUACUACUCUAGACAUUGUCAAUGAAGCCCCCAAUAAACCGAUUAUCAGCGAGGUUCCCCCUGUGACUUCACCUGAAAAGAAGAUUGUUGCAGAUUUAGGGAAGUAUAUCGAGACUUGCUACUACGGCAACGAAACAGCCCCUUCCGAGAGACGCCCGAUAUUUAAUCAAGAUGUCGGACAUUAUAGACCGCAGCUCAAACAAGACCGGGUGAAUCGAAUUAUUCUAUAUCCUGGAUGCUUCAACCCUCCGCACCGCGGCCAUCAAGCCAUGAUUAACUGCGCCUUUUCGUGCUCUCAAGAUAUCGAUGUCAUCGCUGCGAUAGUCGUCCCCGUAGGCACUACGUACUCGGAGAAUCUGUCGAAGAAGUUUGAGAAAGACGUAUGGUUUACAAGGGCCCAGAGAGUCCAGUUAUGGAGAGGAGAUAAUGGACCUCACGAUUGGCUCUGGGUUUAUGACCGGGGUAGCGGGGAGUGGGAGUAUUUCCGUAACCAUCUUGAAACUGCUAUUAAGACAGACGGCUUUUCUUUCGAAUUUAUCUACUUGGGCGGGCCAGACCACAUUGGGAGAAAUUACUGCAAAUACAACAUAUGGGACUGCGAUAAUAUGCUUGUCAGUGACAUCGGGAGAGAAGCAGAUUUUGUGGGUGAAGAUGAGACUUUGCUUCGGAUUGGGCUCCACGGGGAUUGGAAGCCGAUUCUCUAUCCAAAUAAUAAGCCACAUCCUUUGGAGGCUGUCAGGGAAAUGGCACCUUGGCUUCGAAGUUCACUAUCACUUGCAAUGCUAGGACAAGAAUCUAAUGAUCGGUGGAUCGCGGAAUUACUACAGCGAGAGUAUAUUAGGAUGAUAGCCGGAAUGCGAAUCUGCUGGAACAAGCUCAACGAAGGAUCGUGGGUUCGCUUUAUCCCGGCUAGCCAUGGCGUGAUGCACAUGAGCUCGACGGAUAUUAGGUAUAUUAUAAAGACUUGCCCACCGGACGAGUUACUUAAAAAGCUUAAGAGGAAAGCUCUUCGUCCGGAACUUCUUGUCCAGUGGGUUCGGGAGUCUAAACACUGUAACACGGCCCCGCCAGCUUUAUAAAAAUAGAUGGAACCAUCACUCGCGGCUGUGAUAUUAUAAUGAGGGAGGAGUCUGCGCUAAAUUAUCGGCUUAGUAUUACUAUGUCCUCAAGUGCCGGAGAGACACAUUUAUCAAUUUACAACUGAUUGGUUGAUACUUUUGUACCAUCCAUAAAAUAGCAUGUUUUGAAUAUUUUCAAGGUCUUAAUUUAUCAUUGUAAGUGAAAUAGUAGCCAUAUCUCUCUAGCACUUGAG